GACUUUGACGUUUCAUCAAAACAUACCUCAACAAUACAUACCUAACCUCAAUUUAUUCGCAACAGAUGUAAACAUUUGUGUUAGACGUAAAAUAAUGUUAAGUGCGCUGAAAAAUCUCCUAUUGAGUUUAUUACGAAUUUUUCUGUUUUAAAACUUGAGCAAAAUGAUAAAACGACCCAAGGCCACCGACACAGAGGAUGAUGUUUUGCGAAUGCAAAAUGAUUUCCUGAGUGAACAAAAAAAGAGUACGGAUUUUCAACCGGCUGCGAAAUUAGUUAAAAUUGAACCAACCAAGAAGUUGUCAAAAUUUGCACAACAACGAGCAAAGCAGUCUAAAGCGUUGGAGAAAGAAAAAACCAGCACAGAAAGCGGUUUCACUUCGAGCAAUAUCAUAAUUGGGAAUAUCGUUGAGCGUAAGGAAGAUGUUGACCCCGAUCGAAAUGUAGUUGAGAGUGUAACGUUUGACGAUUCUGUGGGUUUUCCAAAGCCGCAGAGAAUUGACAAAAAGGUUAAACUCGAAUCAACGGAAACCAAAAGUAUUUUCGCUCAACUUCAUUCCAAACAUAUUGAACCGGGCCCGAGUUCAUCGAAGCAAUCGGAAUCAAAAAUGGAUUUCGGACUGAAAUCGCAUAUUGUUGAAAAUGCUGAUGCUGCGUCGAUUCACAAUGAAAAUACCGAAUAUCUUCAGAAGUUGGGCGAGGCGCAGAUUUUAGAGGAACGAAAUCGUUUGCUUGGAUCAAUGGAUCCAUCGAUUGUUCAAUUUUUAAAGGAAAAACGUAAAUCAAAGUUGUCAAAAGUGAGCGAGAAUGCUAGCUGUGAUGUUGAAAUGAAAGAGGUCAAACCUCAGCCAUUGCCAGAUAUUGAUUUACUUAAAGAUGAAAACAGUAAGAAUUGGUUGCAUUUUGAUGUGAUCGAACCAGCCAAAUUGGAAUGGAUGCGUGAUUUGCCGAAAAAUAUGCCAGAUCUAAAACCAGGCGAACAAUAUGAAGCUCGUUUUGAUUGGAAAGGUGUACUAUUGCCAUUCAAACCAAAAGAAGACGAUACAACGGCUACAUCCACUGAAUUAUAUUUGCAUGGUGACGAUUCGCAUCGCCCAGGUUACACUUUGCAAGAGCUGUUCCGAUUGGCUCGAUCGACAGUUGUUCAGCAACGUAUUUCUGCUCUUCGAUCCGUUGGCGGCAUUCUAAGCAUUUACAAUCAGGGAUAUUACGAUGGUAUUUUUGAGCUACCAAUUUCGAAAGUAUUCUUUCUGUUGCGAUACGCCUUUGACGAUAACACACCGGCUAUGCUGGAAGAAUCGGCCAAAGCCCUUUCAGCGUUGUUUUAUAAUGAAACGGAUGAGGUGUUGCUGGACAUGACACACGACUGUUCAUUCGAUGGACUGGAACCAACACUGGAAAUCAAAUCGGAUGAAACAUCAAACAGUGGCGCCGAUUUGGAGGAUCAAUUUUCCAAAAUGAACAUUAAAUCAAAUGUGAUGCAAACACAUUUUAGCGAUGACGACGAUAAGUUGUCAUCGAUGAAUGAUUUUCACUUGGCCGAAAUUGAUUUAGUGAAGUGCUUCUUGCGUACAAACAUUCUACAACGCAUCACUUAUAUUCUCACGACGCUAGAGCUUGACAACACCACAAAUCUGAGCUGUGUAAAGAUACUGAUUCGCCUGGCUCGCACAAGUCGAGAAGUUGCUGACCAAAUCUUGUCGCAUUCGAACCUGAUCAGCAGUUUGAUGAAGCAAUUCGACAAAAGUGGAGAUCAAACACAAUCUCGAGUCCAAAAGGCAAACAUUUUCACAUUGAAACUGUUCCGAAUUCUUUGUUCGUAUGGAGAACGAUUCAUUUAUCACUUGCACAGUCAAGGACUGCUAUCGAUUUUGAAGACUGCCAUUUACGUUCAGGAGAACAGCAUCACAGUGCAAACGGUUAAAAUGCAAAUUGAAGCGGUACGUUGCACUCGCACCAUCGUUGUAACGACCAAAUCCGAUGCAUUGAUAGAUGAGUUGAUGCCAGCGCUUCGUUACACGCUGGAGUGGAUUUUCCAAUUUGUCGUAUUCCAAGAUGAGACUCAUUUUCUAUUUCGACAAUGUGCAUCGGCUCUAAUUGCACUGUUCGCCUCCACCAAUUCUAUGCAUAGUCUGUCGGAUAGGCUCAGUCUUUGCUUUUCGAAAUGGUUUUCAAUGGCAACACAAUAUGGCAAUCUAGAGCUCUCUCAAGUUGUACUGCUAGCGACUUGUCUGAAUGCAAUCAAAAUUCCGGAUGCAUUCCGUGAUUUUCUCACACCAUAUUUAUCAAACUUUUUGUCAUCAUCAUCGUAUCAAACUAUGUGCAAAUUAUUAUCAAAUACAUCUGGAAUAUUGUCAUCGUAUCGAUUCCGUCAGCAGGAUCAUAAGCAACUGCCACAUUUGCAUUCAAUUGUGUAUAAUACGCGAAAUUCACCGGUGUUCAUUGUAUCGGAUCGGCCAACCAUUUACUUCAUCAGCAGUUUGUUGCGAUUCUACAACAACACCAAGUGCCCGGACAAAGGGAUUUGGCUCAACGAUGGCAUUCGCAAAUAUGUGGAAAAUUUUGCACAAAAUACCGAAUUCAAACUCUCACUCAAUUGGUUUCUUCGACACGAGAUUUUAUUCGUAUUGGAUCUUUUGAAAUCACCAUUUUUGCAACAGAAUCUUCAUGAAACCAUUCAACUUCGAUUGGCCUACAAAGUUAUCGUUUGUUUUACUGAAACACAAAUCAACGAUGUCCUAUACAUUUUUAGCCAAUACAUUUUCAACAUUGAUAUGUAUGCACAAAAUAUGAAUUUAACGGUAGAUACAAUGAACAAACUGAAAUCAACCUACGGACGAGUGUGUGCAGAAACUUAUCUCAAUAAUGCCGACGAACUGGCUAGUUCUGAGAAUUUCGACCGAAUCCCGUUGCUGUCGACAGACUGGCCUGGCAUGUUACUUUUGAAACUAUACCAAACACCCGAUGACGCUGAUGAAUGGUUGUACUUGCCGGAGCAAGAGGCCAUUUGGACAACGAUCACAUUUUUGGCACUUCAAAAUAUCAACGAAAUCAAAACACUGAACUUAACCGAGCAAUUUGUGUAUGCAAUGAUUGCAUUCCUUGGCAAGGAAAAUGUAUUCUUAGAGGCUGACAUGAAGAAUUCACUCGCUGAAUUUGUUCGGACAACAUUUAAAUCUCAGCAAUCGCUGAAUUUUAACUCGAAAUUUGCUGGUAAAUUUAACUUUGAGAAUCUGUACAUUUCAUUUUUGGACCAGUUUCAAGGCGCAAGCUACGGUGAUCACACAUUUAGCCGUCUGGUGAUGGCACCGUUGGCCCAAAAGCAUAAUAUCAAAUGGCGUCAGAUGAUUUGGUCAGAACAUGUGCAUGUAUUGCGCUUCAUCACUUGCUCUGAGCAUGAGUUGAUUGGCGAGCUAAAUGAUUAUCUGGAGCCUGCCGAAACCGAUGUGGUCUUAAUCAAAAGCUACUAUCAGGCAAUCAAUUCGAAUAUUCUACUACCAAAUACAGCACCAUAUAAAAUUGCUCAACAUCAUUACAACGUUUAUCGAGCGAAAACCAAACAAGACGAACAGAACGCGAUGGAGACUUAAAAUACGAUUUUAAUUUUUUUUUAUUAGAAAAAAGACAAAGAACAUUUAAACUGAGUUCACUGCGGACAACAUCUCUUUUACGCUUACAGCAAUUCGUACACGAAUGAGUCAGUGUGACAGUUGGUGUGAGUGAAACAAAGUUUGACAACAAACAGUUUGGUUGUGUCAGUUUAAAUCUAGGUUUAAAUGUUCAUUUCAAUUGAAUUAACUUUAAUAUUCGUUGAGAAAAAAGAGAUAAAAAGCGAUGAAUGUCUAUGUGAAUGCAAAAACUUGUUCCAGAACAAUUUGGCUUUAUAAUACAAUUUUUUUCUAAAUGAUGAAUUUCAAACAAAUUUUAAAAUAAAAAGAAGAAUUACAAGAAUACGCCCAAA